AUGAUGAACAAGAGUCUCAGUACCACUGACAUGGUUGCACUCUCAGGAGGACAUACCAUAGGGCAAGCGAGGUGUGUAUCCUUCAGGAACAGGAUCUACAACGAGAACAACAUCAACCCAUCAUUUGCCACCUCCACGCAGGCCAACUGCCCGAGUGUGGCCUGCAACGGCGAUGACACACUAUCUCCUCUAGACGUUCAGAGCCCGACCAUCUUCGACAACUUCUACUUCCAAGGUCUGGUGAACCAGACAGGGCUGCUGCACUCCGACCAGCAACUCUUCAACGGAGGAUCCACGGACUCGCUUGCCAGCACCUACUCCACCAACAUGGCCGGAUUCUUCAAUGCCUUCGCGGCUGCGAUGGUGAAUAUGGGGAACAUAAGCCCUCUCACUGGGAGUAAUGGCGAGAUCAGGAUCAACUGUAGGACGAUCAACUGA